UGGCUCAGCCAGUGACAGUGUGCGUGCACAGCAUAGUGUGACCAGUGCGGGGCGGCGCACGCUGUGCGGCAGGGUGUAGUGUGGGAGUGUGCGUGUUGUGAUGCUGCAGGAACAGGAAGCUGUGGGAGGAGGGCACAUAAUCAUCAUCACUACUGGGAAAUGAUACGGUGAUGACUGCAGGGCCGGGAGCACAGCGGGGCAGGUGUGAGUGCACUCAGGGACUGUCUCUCGCUGAGUGGAGUCUGUGCUCGAUUGCUUCUCCUCUCCAGUUUUCUCUAUGUGAGAAGGAUUCUGAGACUAUGAACAAUGGGGCUACCUAUACACUUUGUUGUUGACCCACAAGGAUGGUUCUGUGUCGGGCUUAUCUUUUUCAUCUGGCUUUACAAUACAGUCUUUAUCCCUCAGCUUGUCCUCUUCCCCCGCUUUGAGGAUGGACAUCUCUCCGCUUCUGCAAUAUGGGCUUACUAUAUGGCCUCCUUCUUUUGUGUGGUUUCACUUUUAAGAGCAUCAACUGCAGAUCCUGGCAAGCUGCAAGAUAGUCCAAAGAUCCCUCCCACAGAAAAAGAAUUAUGGGAACUAUGCAACAAAUGUAAUAUGAUGAGACCAAAACGCUCUCACCACUGCAGUCGAUGUGGGCACUGUGUCAGAAGAAUGGAUCACCAUUGUCCGUGGAUAAACAACUGUGUUGGGGAAGAUAAUCACUGGUUGUUUCUCCAGCUUUGCUUCUACACUCAACUCCUCAGUGGUUACACUCUCAUUCUAGAUUUCUGCCACUAUUACUACUUCUUACCAUUGAAAACCAUCACCUGGGAUGUUUUUGUCUAUAGACAUGAACUGGCAUUGCUCAGGAUAUCCACAUUUAUGGCUAUUAUCAUGUUUGGAGGCAUGUGCAGUUUGUUCUACACACAGGUUGUUGGCAUAUUAACGGAUAUGACGACUAUAGAAAAAAUGUCCAGCUGCUGUGAAGAAAUAUCGAGAGCUAGAAAACCAUGGCAGCAGACCUUCUCAGAAGUUUUUGGCACUCGCUGGAAGAUCCUGUGGUUCAUUCCUUUCAGGCGGAGGCGACCACUGCGAAUCUCCUACUACUUUGCCAAUCAUGUCUAAACAGAUGGAUGGUGAGCACAGAUGGGUCUGCCACGCUGGAAACAAGUUACACGUUUUAUCAUAACAGUGCUAUGACAGUCUUCAAGUCAAUUAUAAUCCACCCACCAAUCUUACACAUCACAAAGUGCCCCAGGCUUUGUUUUAAUAGUGAUCUCCAUCCAUUUGUGGGAACAGUACAAGAUAUGUAUUUAUGUGCUGAACGUUGUUUCUUUUCAAGAUGUCCUCUUCCCCUCAGGACACAUUGAGCUCCCUCAGGCUAAGGACUAAAACCAUGGAUUAAGAUUUCUGUCAUGUCAUGUAAAAGUUCUGAAAUGUUUUUCUUUUUUGUCUCUUUUUAUCAAUGCACUGACAAUUUUUGACACCCUGAGUCUGUUCUAAUCAUUUUUUUAAUUUAUUUUUUUAACCUUAAGAAACCAAAUAGUAUUUAUAUUUAUAUAAAGCAAAUGGAUUUUUUUUUUGUUUGUUUUGCGAAAUACUUGUUUUAAUAUGCCAAUUUUAUUUUAUUUUGAACUUGUGCUUUAUGUAAAGCUUCUCACAUUCUUGUAUUUGAAAUCAAAUAUGCUUUUAUGUUCAGUGAUCAGAUUUUAUAAACCACUUUACGAAAUGUUAUUUUUAACGUAUAGCAUGUUCUGUUUUCUUCAAGAAUGACAUAUAACUACCCUGUGGCUGGUUUUAUAUAACAGUGUAUCUGUACUGCAGGGAGUGAAUGUUAAGUGUGUGUGUAUAUACAGAUACUAUGGGGUAUAUUCAAUAAGAGUCAGAUCCAUUCUGACAUGCAUUUGUCGGAAUGGAUCCGACCAGCCCUAUUCAAUGAGCGGCCAAAUCAGACUGUCUGAUUUGGCCGUUCCCGGUCUUCCGUUCUGCUGCUGCUCUCAGCAACUCCCCGUGUGUGAGAUCACAGGGUGCUGCUGGAGGGAGCCGCACUCAACCAGGGAGCGCUCCUGGGAGUCUAGCCGCCUGCCGGCCGAGAAGCGUUUCCGGGAGAGCGGAGCCUGGCUGAGGGGGGGGGGAAAGAGGAGAGUGUCUUCCACCGACCGCGGCUCCAGCUGCCCCCGCCGGUAAGAACUCUCUCUCCCUCGCCCUGCUCCCCUGUCUGAUCUCCUCAAUCCAACUUUUUUUCAAGUCGGAUUGAGAUUGUUGGAAACGGUGCCAAAACCUGUCGGAUUUGGCCCCGUUUCCGACAGAAGCACGCGGAUCGGCGGCUAUUCCGCCGAUCCACGUGUUUUUUACGACAAGUCGGGAAUUCCAGACUUGUCAGAAAAAAACAGCCCCUAUUGACUAGGUCGGAACGCCUUCCAACCUAAAUCAGUCGGAAACUGCCAUCUUUCCGACAAGAUGGCAGUUUCCGACUCUUAUUGAAUAUACCCCUGUAUGUCUGUUUGCCUACUAUGAUGUGCUAAUUCUGGUGGUGUUUUCUUUUUUUCCUGUGUUAAAUACUGAUGUUGUAUUGGUGCCUCUUUGCAAUUUUGCAUUUUCUUGUAUUCCAAUGGUGUCUUUUUUGAAAAUACAGACUGUACAAUGUAGAAAUAAUAGUAGCAUAUAUUUUGUUUCCCAUACAUCUUCAAAGAUGAACAUUCUAAUGAAUUGUAUAAGAGUGUAACUGGGAGAAUGGUGCAAUACAUAGAUACAAAUUAGAUGGCAUUUGUUUUAUAAAAUAGCAUUGCUGCACAACACCCUAGUAGCUUAUCUGCUGAGUAUUGGCAAGACACUCUUGUGUUUAUUAUAGCUAUCUUUUGGUAAACGUUACUUAUCUUAUACAGUCAGCGGUGUGUACCUAUAAUAAGGCAGCAACACUGCUGAUUCAUUUAAAUGAUGCAAAUUAUUAACUUAUUACCUUGUUAUUAACUAUGUUAAUGCUUCAAUAUUACAAAAUGAAUCUUUUAAAAUGCAUGCAAUACAUAAUUGCUUUUGUUGGCUUGAUAAUUCACUUGAAGAAUAGAGUUGACAAGCCAAACAUGUCCGCUAUCAUCUCAACCUAACCCCCCCCCCCACCCCACACGCAGUUGUCAUCUCAGAUACAGAAUGGCAUAGGAACACUCCCAGAUAACUGCAUUGCCUUCCAUACCCCUUACAUAGCUCACUGUAGACAGAAUUCUAACACCGUAUUAUCUAAAGAGAUAGUAAAAUAGAUAAAUGUCAAUAUUUGCACUGUAGCAUCACCGAGUAUCCAUUUCCUUUACAUGAAAUAUUAUAUAUUAUUUGUUUAUUUUUAUACACGCCCCUCCUUUUUCAAUUCACUGAAAACUGGGAUGUGUGUAUAAAUCUUUUUAUAGCUUUUUGGUUUAAAACUAUAUAUAUAUAUAUAUAUAUAUAAAAUCACACACACACACACACACACACACACACACCUUAUGGUGACUGUUUCCUUUCUGUAUGUGUGUGUAAAUAUACAGUAUAUGUGGAGAUUUUAUAUAUAUAUAUAUAUAUAUAUAUAUAUAUUAGUGUGUGUAUAUAUUUCUGCGGACUGUUUAUGUGCUAUGGAGACGAAAAAAUGUUUUGGGGAAUUUUUUAUUUGUCUGUCUAUUUCGGCAUCACACAAAAACUACAGGAUGAAUUUGGAUUGCGUUUUCACUAUUGUAUAGCUUAGUGACCUAGAAACAAACUGAAUUGUAUGAUCUCGAUGUGACAUUGCGGCGAGGAGCAAUAAAGGAAAAAACAGACGCUUUACACUGUGCACUUCAAAAUGACUAUAUGUAUAUAAAUACACUUAUAUAGCACACCCCAGAAAACACUCAGGACUGCAGGCGUAGAUCUCAGGACCAGCUGCUUCUCUCAUGGACAGCUUUACGUGACUUGCUCACAAGUUAGUAGCCCCAAGCAUCUUUUUGUGUUAAUCCCUGAAGGAAAAACCGCAAGUAUUGUUUACAAAUACAUUUUGUGAUCAGUGUGUACAAUAUGACAUAUACAUCACAAUAUUAGAUGUGUGUGUGUGUAUGUAUGUAUUAUUUGGCCACACCUGUUGAUUAGUGAAUUCAGGUGUUUCAAUCAGACCCAUUGCCAAAGGGGUAUAAAAUCAAACACCUAGCCAUGCAGUCUCCAUUUGCAAACAUUUGUGAUACAAAAUGGGUCGUUCUGAAGAGCUCAGUGACUUCAAGCGUGGUACUGUGAUAGGAUGCCACCUUUGCAAUAAGACGGUUUUUGAAAUUUCAUCCCUGCUGUAUAUUCCACGGUCAACUGUAAGUGAUAUUAUUAGAAAGUGGAAGCAUUUAGGAACAACAGCAACUCAGCCAGGAAGUGGAAGACCAUGUAAAAUCACAAAGCGGGGUCAAAGACUGAUUCCAUAGCCAUAUGACUCUUAACGUUGUCUAA